CUGGGGCACGUUUGAGAGAUUCUCCAGGCAGAAUCCUGUUCUGAAAGAGAGUGUUUAUGCUGAGGAAUAACAAAUGGUGAUCUGAGGAUCCUGCAGGAUUUACUGUAAUAUGGCUGGAUCUGGCUUGUGGUUGGUGAUGAAGGAUGAUGUGCAGGACGUCUCUAAUGCAGCGUUCCUCUCAUGAGCUCCAGCUGUUUCGCCGAAGGCUUUGACGUAAUGGAGACCUUCCUCGAAGAACAUUUAAACAUCACAUCUGAGUCUCCCAUCAACACAAGCCUCCGUCCGCUGGGGGUGCCGUACCUGAAGAGGCUGGCGCACCUGGACGAGUCGCUGUACCAUGAGUUCUCCGUGCUGUGGAUCACGCUGAUGGUGGUGAACUCACUCAUGUUUGUGGUCGGCGUGGUCCUGAACAGCCUGGCCCUGUACGUGUUCUGCCAACGCAGCCGCUCUCGGAGCACGCCGGCCAUUUACACCAUAAACCUGGCGGUGACCGACCUGCUGGUGGCGCUAUCGCUCCCAGCCCGCAUCGCGCUCUAUCACAGUGGCGGCGACUGCGUGGCGUGUUUCUAUGUGCACACGUUUAGCUACUUCGUCAACAUGUACUGCAGCAUUUUGUUUCUCACCAGCAUCUGCAUGGAUCGCUAUAUGGCAGUGGUGCAUUCGGCGGGAAGCCGUUGGCGGAGCCCGGGGGUUGCAAAAAUUGUGAGCGUUUGCAUCUGGCUGUUUGCCGUCGUGGUCACAUACUCCCUUCAGACGUCUGCGCUGGAGUUUAAUGGAGCGUCUUGCUGUCGCGCCGCCGUGCUUUUCGCGCUCACCGUUCUGGAGUUUGUCCUGCCGCUGCUAGUGAUCGCGGCGUUUACGAUCCGCGUGGCCUGCGCGCUUGCGGAUGGCCGGCUUAUGCCGCAGAGUUUGGGUCGGCGUACGCGCGCCGUCCGGCUGCUCGUCGCCGUGCUGCUGGUGUUCACCGUGUGCUUCACGCCAUAUCACGUGCGCGAGGCCGUGGUUUAUUUCCAGCUAGGGGGCAGCAGAGAGCAGCAUGUUGUGGCGUAUCACGUGACCAUCACACUCAGCAGUCUGAACAGCUGCCUGGAUCCCGUGGUUUACUGCUUCGUGCCUGAUAGUUUCCGCUCUACACUGCGGAGAGAACAGAAGAAGAGAUUCAGAGAGCAUCCGAUGGCCAUCAAGGGAAACCAGAGCAGCAAAGCUGCAGGUACCCCGACGGCCAUCGAGUACAGCGUCGCAACGCUCACGCUCACACCCUACAUACUGCCGACCAGAGACAUUCCUGCCUGAAAUACAACACUAAAAACAUGGAAAUCUUUAGCAAUGAGAAUUGUCAAAUAAACAAUUACAUACACUCAUAAAAAUUAAAAUUAAAAAAAAAUAUAUAUAUAUA